AUAGGCAAUAGUUUAUUAGGCACGUCUUGUACAAUAAUUGAACGCAAUCAGGGCUAUAUUAAAGGAAACACUGUGCCGUAUAUAUUUAUACACUUCCAUGCUAAUGUGAAUACAUAUAUUUUAUAAACAAAAAAUAAGAAAAAGAAGAGGCCAUACAAAAAUUCGCUUACGAAUUCUCGCAUUAUUAAAAAAGUGUUUGACUGAGACAGUAGCAACAUCUAUACAAUUUCAUCUGCAUAUUAUAACACUAAUUAAAUUAAGAGAACUAUAAAACUUUAGAAAAAGCAACUUUUUCAUCCGACAAACACUGCCAUACAAAUUCCAUAACCAAUAUUAUAAAAAAUGGAGCCAAAUCUUGUGCAGCAACUCAUCAAUUCGUCGGAAAAGGCCGCUAAUAUAGCGCGUGUGUGUCGCUCCAAUGAAGCGUUGCUGAAGUUAUUAGUGCAGGAAAAGACCGGACCGGAAGCGAAUGCGCGCUUCGAGCAUGAUUUCAAAACACUCGCAGAUGUGCUGAUACAAGAGACUAUCAAACAUGACAUUGUUGUAUGUACUUAUACAUUACACAAGUUUCCUGCGAUGCGCGAAGCUAUUAACGGCGAAGAGUCACCAAAUUUUACCAAUGCAGAUGGCGAGUCAGUGACUAUUGCAGUUGGUAAAACUGCUGAGGAAACAGCGCAAUGUCUGGAAGCGAUACUAAACGUUGAAGCGGCGGAAGUGCUUGCCAAUGAAGUCCAUCGCGAGGUUAUAUACGAAGAAGCACUUUUAGGCGAAAUACCAACAUUACCUGAGGACUUAGACUAUGGCAAUUUGGGCAUAUGGAUUGAUCCAAUCGAUGGCACCGCUGAGUAUAUAUCUGGCGAUAGCAUUUUUACCGACUUUCCAGGCAUUACUUCAACUGGAUUAGACUGUGUUACCGUGCUGGUGGGCGUCUACGAUCGCACGAAUGGCAGGCCCGUGAUUGGUGUUGUGUCACAGCCUUUUCACAACAAAUUGGAUGAAAACCUAUAUCGUUCGUUGGUAUUUUGGGGCGUAUGCCUACCGAAUUUACAAGCCAAUAAUUGUCAAUUUGAGCGUCCAGCGCGUGAUAAUCGACUGGGUAUAUUCUCCAGUUCGGAAAAUGGUGAUAUUCUCCAACGCAUUAUGGAGAUAGGUUAUGAAUUUGCAUUUGCUGCUGGUGCAGGUCAUAAAGCUCUAAAAGUUAUCACUUGGGAGGUGGAUUUGUAUUUGCUGAGCAAAGGUUCCACAUUCAAAUGGGAUACGUGUGCGCCACAAGCUAUAUUACGUUCAUUGGGUGGUGACAUUUACAGUUAUAGAGGAAGCAUUAGUGAGUGCAAACCAAUACCACUUUGUUAUCGGGAAGUUAAUGAAGAAGUGGACAAUCCUAAAUGUAACAAAGAUGGUUUAAUUGCGGUACGUGAUGUAGGAUUAUUGGAGGAUUUACUGCAGAAAUUGACAGCAUAAGCAUGCAUGGAAUGAAAAUAUUGAGCAAAAUAUUAAAAUUAAGCUUUGUGUGUCAAAACAGUUUAUAGACAGUUGCAAGUUAGAAUUCUUGGUUAAGUUUAGCUAUAUAUGUACACACUAUAUAUAUAACAUAUACAUAUUCAUAUGUACAUACAUAUGUGUACUUUUGCUAUUUUAUGUUUAUAUUCGUCUAAAUGUUUGCUGCUGUUGUAUUUUAUAUGAAAUAUGUUAUAUUUAAGCGUAAUUUGUUUAACAAGUGCAAUAACAACAAUCCAGUCUGCCUACUUAAGUUUGUGAUGUUUAUUAUUAAGCUUUUAAUUAGCGUAAAUUGUUAUUACACUUGUUUAUAUGUACUCCUUCCAUUAAAUUAAAUGUUAAAGAGCAAUUUAAAAAGCAAAUAUUUAGCAGGUUGUUCGGCAAAGUAGUUUUAUGUGGUGAUCAGGGUUGCAAAUAAUAUUAUACAUAAAAAUAUUAUAAUUGUAUUAAUAUUUUAAUUGACUUUUUUACUUUGUAAUCGUGGAAACAGUAAUUAAUAGUUUUUAAUCUCAAAUACCUGUUCGAAAAAAAAUCCAAUUCCAAAUACCGAAUUUAAAAAUUAAAUAAAAAUUGAACAAUACAACACUUCCAGCUUAUAAUUAAAAAUUAAAAAAGAGAUUGAUUAUAAUAUAACUUUUUCGCAUUUGUUUACAUCGUGCU